AUGAACGAUGAAGAAAAACAUUAUCGUGAACAACUUACUACAUAUGCUUUAUACGAUUGUUUUUCUAUGCAAAAGAUUAUAAUUGAUAUGAAAAAUAAAAAUUUUAAAUUUAGUUUUGAAAUGACAAAAAAAAUUUCAUAUGAUUUAGUGGAAUCUAUUUCUUCAAGUGAUGAUGAAAUAAUGUUUUCACAACUUACACCAUCUAUUGAACGUCUGAAAAAUGAUCAAACAUUAAAUAUAAAUAAGCAAGAACAAUUAGCCUCAACAUCUCCAUGUGGAAAUUUCAAUUGGACAAUGACCUCCACCGAUGACAAUCAAUUAACCAAUCAAUAA